AAACCUCACGUGGAGAUCCGCCAGGAUGGGGACCAGUUCUACAUCAAAACUUCCACCACUGUCCGCACCACUGAGAUCAACUUCAAAAUCGGGGAGAGCUUUGAGGAGGAGACGGUGGAUGGACGAAAGUGCAGGAGUUUGGCCACUUGGGAGAAUGAAAACAAGAUCUAUUGCAAACAAACUCUCAUUGAGGGAGAUGGCCCCAAAACAUACUGGACCCGAGAACUAGCUAAUGAUGAGCUGAUUUUGACCUUUGGUGCUGAUGAUGUUGUGUGCACAAGAAUUUAUGUAAGAGAGUAA